AUGGAUUUGAUGUCUCCGGUGCUCUUCACGGCCAGCAUGGGGCCUGAUGAAGAGCUGCUCCUUGGCAUGCGGGGCCCCAAGAGCAUGGAGCUGGUGAAUUUACGACAUGCCAUCGACGCAUGGCAGACCGCAGCCGCACCCCUCCCCGUCGGCUGGCUACGGAGCGAGCUUGCACACCGCCUCGUGACUCAACCGGCUUUGGACAGGUGGCAGCGGAAUGCUGAGAAGAUCGCGCAGAGGCAGAACCUCUUCUUGACCGGAGAAGCCGGCUCUGGCAAGUCCUUCCUCCUGCAGCAUCUCAAGGACAACCUUCCAGAGCAGAGCAUCGCGCUGGCAGCACCGACGUGGAAGGCCGCAUCCAGGAUUGGAGGUACCUCUGUACAUUGGUUUGCUGGGGUGAACGUUGGCAAGCUGGAGCACUCAGCCGAAGAGGCUUUAGCAUUCAUACGAAGUCGGCCAGACCAGGAGCAAGUGCUUGCCAGACUUCGUCGCGUGCAGGUUCUGAUUCUGGAUGAGGUGUCGAUGCUUAGUCCAACAGUUCUAGAUCAUCUUGAGGAGCUGUGCCGGCUGGUGCGAGAGUCAAAGGCCUGCUUUGGGGGCAUCCGCUGCAUCUUUGCCGGUGACUUCAUGCAGAUCCCGCCGGUUCGAUGCAAACAGCUUGCGUUUCAGGCUCGGUGCUGGAGCGCUUUGUUUCCAGAGAGGCAUCAGAUGCAGACGUUGCGCGGAGUACAUCGUCAGCGUGAGGAUGAGGUGUUCCAUGGUUUCCUCAAUCGCUUGCGGUACGGCUACAUCAAUGGCGAGGACAUCAGGCUUCUCCUCACUGCAUCAAACCGGGAAGGAGGCAACGAGUGGUUGCAGAUCUAUGCCAAGAACGACGAUGUGGAUAAGGUGAAUGCUUCGAGGCUGAAGAAACUGGAUGGCGACCCGAAGACAUUCCAUGCACAGGACACUUUUGCUUCGGAAAUCGAUGAAGUAGCACCCGAGAGCAGAAGGGACGUCAAGGAGGCUUUGGAGGAGCAACUCAGGGAGGCUUUGGAGGAGCAAUGCCCAAGCACGCUGGUGCUCAAAAUCGGGGCACCUGUACGCCUCACCCAUGUGCGGAACGAGAGGCAUCUGCACCGAGGCAUGGAGGGCACCGUCGUCGACUUCGAUGAGGACGGGUGGCCCGUCGUGGAGCUCGUUGCAGGUCAUGGCACACUUACGGUGCAGCCCUGCAUCGGUGCUUCCAUCCAAGCAGAGGUCCGUGGGCCGCGGCUCGCAACACGAAAGCAGGUGCCGCUGGCGCUGGCAUGGGCGACCACAUUGCACAAGGCGCAAGGAAUGACUCUCCAUUAUGCAGCGACACAUGUGAGCGAAGUUCUUGAAGCGAAUAUGGGCUACGUAGCUUUGAGCCGUGUCACGGUUCUUGCUGGCCUGAAGUUGCUAGACCGCUUGAGCGACAUGACGGCCACUAAUUUGCGGAACUGGCUUGACCGCAAACUGUGCCAAGCAUGCCCAACGGCCUUGAACUUCCACAUGGCCAUGCUGGAUGAGGACGCCCAGCACAAAAUCCACCAAGGUCGCCAAAGUUUCCGGCGUUUGCUGGAGAAUGAUAGCGCUUGGAAAGCAGCCCUGCAGCGAGCCGGCUUCGUCGAGGGCAAGGGCCUCACGUACUCAAAGGUCUACCCCGACUGGGCCUUGGCAGAAUACGGUGACAAGUGUUACAGGUGUGGCAAAAGAGGCCACUGGCAGUCUGACUGCCUGGAAGGCGCGACCAGGCAAUUCAGGAAACAACUUUAA